GUUUUUUCACACUGAAAGCAUUUCACACAAAGUGAGCUGUAACACGAGAAGGGGAAGCCAUCUGGAAGAAAAACAUUUGUGUUGUGUCUCCUUAUCCACCCAGUUCAUCUUUGAUUCCUGCACAGAUUAUUUUAAUCACAGACAUAAUGACACAACCUGGAAGCAGAAGACCGGCUGCUCUGAGAUGCAACAAAAACAUUUUCUGUGUCGUCUCUCUGCUGCUUCUAGUUUACACUGGACAAUCACUGGCUUUUGAAGAUGAGCCACUGAACCGUUUGGUGAAAGGCUUAACCCAAAUAAAAGAAGGAGUCAGACUCCUGAGAGAUGACCAAACUGGUACCGAAAUGAUCUUAUUGUUUUUGAGCAUGGGAAACUCUACGGCAAACAAGAAGCAGCUUAAAAUAUUUCAGCAAUAUCUUCAAGAAGCUGUAGAUGAAGCAUAUCGACAGAAGGUAGAAAGGGCGUCUGAAUUUGCAGUGGCAAUGCAACAGUUUAACGUAAUGAUGUUGGAGAAUUAUCCUAAACUGCGACAGCUGGAAAGAUCACCAUAUCCAAAGAUUAAAAGGUUGCAUGAAGUCUAUGAGCAGAUGAUUGAGGUAUUUAGGAGUUACAUGGCACUGAAGAAGGAGGUGUUUACUGGAAAAACAAAGGAGACUGAAAGAAAGCUGGAGUAUACUUUGAAGAAUUUAUGUUUCUGGCGGAAGUUUUAUGCUCUAGUUGAAAUAGCAUCAGUUUUCAUCACUAUGUUGCUUUGUGCGGGAGCACUGUAUUGGGUAUGCUGUCCUAUUUUUACUUAGAUAUGUUCACACUAACAAAAUGUUUUAUAAUUAAUACACACUGUUUAUACUGUAAUGAUGGUGUCAUAGGGUGUGGGUUGUUUGUAGGACCAAAGCACAUAGAAGAGCCUGGAAGGGAAGUGGUGAGUCGAAUGUCUUCUAAACACAACAAUUGUGACAGUUUAUAUCUUUUUUAACUUAAAUUAUUUAUUUUGUAUGUCCGGGAACUGAGGAAGAAGGUUGGGUUUGUCUGUGUAGAUUUUGUCAUAUGUGUUGCAUCACUUUCCUACUGAAAAAUCACCAACCUGCAUUUUCAUGUUUUCUGGAAGAGGUAAAGUUCAUAAAAUAUAUGCUUUAUGUAAAUUUUGUAGUGUCUGUUUCUUCUUAUCUUUUAAC